AUGAACAUAAUUAGAGUAAAAUUAAAAGAAAUUCAACGUUCUAGUUAUAUCAUAAAAUCACCAUUUUACAGUUCUGUUGUUAUAAAUAAUUUUGAAAUAAAAACAAAUGAAAAAUUAUUAAUUAGUAAUAUUAAUACAAGAAAUGAUGAUAAAUACUUAAUUAAAAAUUGUAUAAAUUUUAUGAACAAUUUUGAAAACUUUUCAAUAAUAUGCUGUGCCUGUAAUGACCCCAAAAAUAAAGUCCAGCUAAAAAAAUCGUUGUGGUUUGCAAGCGUGGGACUGGAAAUGAAAGAUUUCUUAGAACAUUGUUAUAAAGAUAAUGAAGAAUUAUUAAAUGAAAAGAAAAAAAUAUUUGAAGAAGUUGCAAAGAUAGAAUGUCCUGUUAUAUUAAAGGACAAAAAUGCGGUUUUAAUAGAAAGUGCAAUAGCGCCAAAAAAAGUAAUAAACUCUGCAAAGAGGAUGAGAUAUUUUUUCAACAUUUCUGAAGUCCAUACUUGCAGGAAAUGCCACCAAAAAAAUAAGUGUAAGCGUUUUCUCCAGAAAUAUGCGGGAGAACCUGACUUCUCUGAUUUUGCUCGGGUAUUUAUCGGAUUUUAUAAUAUUUGCAAAGCUUAUAUAAAAAGAAACGAAACGGAUCGAGAAACAUUAAGACAUAUAGUGGAAAAAGUGCAAAAUUUCCAUUGUAUUCUUUUUUAUAUGUAUAGUUAUAUGAUCAGGCAUAAACAUUUUAACUACAAUAAUGUUGAAGAAGGCAACAAAAGCAUUGUAUUGAAUUAUUUAAAGGAAAAAAGAAAAAAUAUGCUGCUCAUAAAAAAUCAAAAAGCUCAGGAAAAAAUAUUAAAUAUACCAAAGGAAUAUUCUGAGGUUUUAAUACCAACAGAAAAGGCAAAAAUGAAGAAAAAACAAAAAACAAUUUUCGAAAAAAUACAAAAAUUUAGGAGAAAAUCGCGAAUAUUAGAAGACGAACAAAAGUUUAUAUGGGUUGAAGAAAAAGAAGAUGAAGAUAUUCAUGAAGAAAAUAAGGGGCCUGAAUUUGAUCAACUUUGUAAUGCCAAUUUUACUGAAAAUUAUAAUAUGGCAUAUAAUGAUAAUAAAGAAGAUAGUAGUUUAAAAGAAAUUAAAACUGAAAACAAUCCAAUGCUACGUUUUCAGUAUAUAACAAAAAAAUAUGAGCAUACUACAAAUGAUAUAUCAAUAUAUAACAACUUGUAUAGAAAAUAUUCAGAUCUAUUGGAAAAAAAAGUAUACAUUAAUCUGGAUGAUCAAGGAAUAGACGAUGAAAUAGUAAAAUCGGAAAAUAUUUUGUUCAAAAUUCCAGAAGAAGUUGGAGGAUACACAUUUAUAAAUUAUAUUGAAAAAACCCCUAAUAAUUAUAUUUUUCCAAUAAAUGAAAAUCUAUACAAAGGGAUACAGGUUUAUACAAGGGAAGAAAUAAAUAUCGGAAGUUUUUGGAGAGGCAUUGAAAAUGAACAAUUAAAUAUAAAAAAAAUCGAUUUCUUUAAUCCGUUUAAUAUAAAACAUAAACUGGAUUUAAUGAAAAAAAACAAUGGAAGGAAUACAGAUAAGUUAUCCUAUAAAGAAGAGAAUGAGGAAAUUGUGGAUCUCGUAAAUGAUAUAUCAAGUUUCACGGAAUAUAUACAUACUAAACAGAAAGGUGAUAAAAAGAAACAACAACAAAAAAGAAGUAUAAAAGAAUUUGAAUCUAUAUAUCAAACACAAAACAUUGAAGAAGAUAAUGAUGAUGAAGAUAAACGAUUUGAAUAUUUCAAGAAAAUGAGAAGUGGCUAUUCCAAUGUGGAUCAACAUAAAGAGCUUAUGGAGGAAAUAAAUACAACAUUUAAUAGUACUUAUAAUGAUGAAAAUACUAAUGAUCGUAAUUACACACAUACAUAUAAUUUGAUAAGAAAAAUAAAUGAAGAUAAAUCAGACUCAAAUGUUGUUACUUUAUAUGAUAUCGAAAAGGAGAAGAAGAAUCUUAUAGAAAAUGAAAAAAAAGAAUUAAAGUGCAACUCAUUUUACAUUUGCAAAAAUAUAAAAUUCCCGGAGUUAAUAAACAAAGAUAAUGAUAUUCCGAAAUCAAAAAAUGGGAAAGAUAUAAAUUUGGAUUUUCAGAAAUACCUUGCUCCAAAAACAGUUAAAAAAAACUCAAAAAUUUCGGAAUUAUCAGAAGAAACUAUAAAAGCUAAUUCAACUUCAGUAAAAGGAUUUAAAAGUCUGGAGCUUUUUUUAAAAAAAAAAAAAUAUAUCCAAAAAAAGAAAAAUGGACAUGAAGAAAAAAUUUAG